CAUAGGCAGAACCUCUGAUUUGAUUCAUUCAUCCGUUGCCAAAAAAAAAAAAAAAAACCUAACAAAGCAGUUAAACAAACUUCAACUAGCAAAUCUAACACUUACGUAAUAUUAUACGUUGAGAUUGUUACAGGGAGUGACUCACUAGUGAGGCUGAUGAUAAGAAGAUAAAAAAAGGGGGUAAUCAGAUCAAUAGCAAAGUGUGUCAAUGGCUUCAGAGAACAAAAGCACAGUGGUGAAAGUGAGGCCAGGAAAUCAAGAUGGUUCUUCAAAGGGAAAGCUUAUUGAUUUAAAGCAGAAAUCUGUGAGCUCAAGCAAGCAGCCUGUUGAUUCAAAGCUGAAAUCUGCCACUGCCGUCGCAAAAACUGAGGUAAAAUCAAAACCAACACCAGGAUCCUCAAAACCAACAUCAGGAUCCUCAAAACCAGCAUCAGGAUCCUCAAAAACAACAUCAGUAUCCUCCAAAAAGACAACAACAACAACAACAACAACAACAAAGAAGACAGCUACCAGAGUGAGAGAGAAGAAAGUGUAUACUUUGCCUGGCCAGAAAUCUGAUCCUCCUGAAGAGAGGGAACCCCUGAGAAUUUUCUAUGAAUCAUUGUCAAAACAGAUCCCAACGAGUGAAAUGGCAGAGUUUUGGAUGAUGGAGCAUGGCUUGUUACCCCUUGAAAAAGCUAAAAAAGCAUAUGAGAAGAAGCAGAGAAGGCAAAAGGAACUUCGAAUGGGAACUCCUAUUAAAUCUGUAAAACCUCCAAGUAAACCUGAAAGUUCACAGAGGCAGCAGCAGGCAUCAAAGAAUGGCAAUUUAAAAGCCAAGAAAAAAAUCCUUAACGAGAGUGAUGAUGACGACGACUUCAUUCUAAGUGCCAAGAGAAGGAAAUUGUAAGAAAAAAGCCCCUUCACUGUCUUUAGCAGUGUAACUCUAGAUAUUGCUUCAUUAGAUUCCUUUACAUUUAACUGCAAAAAGACUAGUGUUGUGAAACAACAUAACAAAUAAUAGACAUUCUUUAUAUAUUUUUUUCAAUUUAUGGGAAUAAUGAGCAGAGAUGAAUUACUGAAUUCAAGUCCA